AUGACCGGAUAUACAGUGCUCGCAAAACUGAUAGGGAUCUUUCCCGAGCUCAAUAUCUAUCGCCGCUUUGGCGCGUCGAGUGCAGGAAUGUUACUCUUUGAGCAGGCUGAGCUUGCUCAUAGGGAAGCAGAGCUCCGUGACAUCACCGCAGAGCUCCAGACGUGGCCAGAUAUGAGCCUAAUCGAUCAAUCUUGGUCGAAAUUGAAUGAGGCCGAAGAUGAAUCUGCUUCUGGCUAUUUGCGGGAUAAGACACUCGAGUUCCACGCCAAAUUGAGACAAUACCAAGAAGAUCUUCUUCGAAUCAAGGAGUUGCACAAGACCCGGUCGCCGGCGGAGAGGUCAUUGUCCUUCCUGCGUCGUUGGUUACGGGGACCUGGUCGAGGGGACGACUUUCUCGAAGGAUACGAGGCUGAUCCUUGGGCUGCUGGCCGUGAAGGUGAUCUCGUCGGCCUUUAUGAUGAGCAGUCAGACGAUCUUCUGGCGGGUGCCCUGAGCAAGCUCGGCUCAAUCUGGCACAGGUUCGUGGGUUAUCGAAGCAGGCCCACAACAGACAUCGAAGAUGGUGUCGGACGCAUCUGGAAGUACGAACACCGACAUUUCGUGCUGUUGGGAAACCUCAUAUGUGUUGUGGUGUCUACUGCUGUCCCGACAGCAUCCACUCUCAUACUGUUCUAUGUUGAUGAUAUGGUGCGCCGUCUUCAGUUGAUGGCAGUUUUUGUACUCGUCCUGGCUUUUGUCAUGAUGUUCAUGUUGCACUGUCAACGCGUUGAGGUGAUUUUGGCUACCGCCUCUUUUGCUGCCGUCCAAGUGGUUUUCCUUCAGGGUGUGAAUGGUACUCGAGGAUCUUGCUAG